AAUAAGCAGGUGAUAUGGAAGGACUCAAUUACUGGGUUUCCAAAGGAAUCAGACAUGGCUAUCACCAUUGGAAAUAUAAAACUGAAGGUUCCAGCUGGUUCGAAAGCAAUUCUUGUGAAGAAUCUUUACUUAUCAUGCGAUCCCUAUAUGCGGCAUUUAAUGAGAAGCCAAGGCUCUCUGUUACUCCAUUCCUAUACCCCUGGCUCUCCAAUAACUGGGUUCGGAGUGGCUAAAGCUUUGGACUCAGAUCAUCCAGAUUUCAAGGAAGGAGACUUGGUUUGGGGCACGACCGGAUGGGAAGAGUACUCUCUUCUGACCGCACCCGAAGGACUCUUUAAAAUUCAGCAUUCUGAUGUACCCCUUUCCUACUAUACUGGAAUUCUUGGCAUGCCUGGUUUGAGUGCUUAUGCGGGGUUCUAUGAGGUUUGUUCUCCAAAGAAAGGCAAAUAUGUUUUUGUGUCAGCUGCAUCUGGUGCUGUGGGACAGCUUGUUGGACAAUUUGCAAAGCUGAUGGGUUGCAAUGUUGUUGGUAGUAAAGCUAAGAAAGAGAAAGUUGAAUUGUUGAAGAACAAGUUUGGGUUUGAUGAUGCUUUCAAUUAUAAACAAGAGCAUGAUCUGACUGCAGCUUUGAAAAGGUACUUUCCUGAAGGCAUUGAUAUCUAUUUCGAAAACGUUGGAGGCAAAAUGCUGGAUGCUGUGAUUCUCAACAUGAGAAUCCAUGGUCGCAUUACAGUCUGCGGGAUGAUCUCGCAGUAUAAUCUUGAUCAACCUGAGGGGGUACACAACCUAAUGUUGAUCGUUUAUAAGAGAGUUCGAAUUGAAGGAUUUUCUGUCUUUGAUUACUAUCCACAAUAUUCAAAGUUCUUGGACUUUGUAUUGCCUUCCAUCAAAGACGGGAAGAUAAAGUAUGUGGAGGACGUUGCUGAAGGCAUACUGCUUUGGUAGGACUAUUUAGUGGUCGCAACGUGGGAAAACAGGUUGUUG